AUGUCCCGUCGCUGGGACGGGGAAUGGCGCACCAACUGGGAAGAGAACAAAAGGAAAAAGCAGACGCCCUCGGGAUCCUCCAAUGCCAAAUGCGAUGAGCGCUGCCAGAAGCUGGCCGCGAAACUGAAGGAAAAGGAUGCAGAAAUGGGUGACAAGGUGUCGAGACAAGAGCAGCACACGGCGGCUGCAGAG